CUCCACCAAGCACAACUUCUAAGGGACUAGAGCUCUCUGUCUGGCCUCAGGGGACUCCCAGCUACAGAGCAGGACCUCAGGGCAGGACGUAUCAGGGUGAUGGAGGAUGGAGCUGAGGCGUGGAGGAGGGAGUGCCACUCUCCAUCCAGGCCCCAGGCAGCCCGCAGUCCACAGCUCUCCUGCACCUGCGGACCCAGCAGCAGCUCUGCCAUGGACAGGUGGUACCUGGGUGGCAGCCCCAAGGGGGAUGUGGACCCAUUCUACUAUGACUACGAGACUGUCCGCAACGGGGGCCUGAUCUUUGCUGGCCUGGCCUUCGUCGUGGGGUUGAUCAUCAUCCUCAGCAAAAGGUUCCGCUGCGGAGGAGCGAAGAAGCGCCGGCAAGUGGGUGAGGAUGAGCUGUGACCACAGGGCCAGCUGUGGCCACCCAGUGCCCCGGGGCUGGCUGGCGGCCGUGGACGACCUGUCUUCCCCAGGCCCUAGACCUGUCUGUGUCACUGCUAGCUCUCAGGCUAAAGGGCCGGCCAGGCCCACGUGACCCCUGGGUGGGCAUGGCCUCCUGCCUGUGCCACCUCCUGCCCCUAAUAAAAGCAGCUCCUUCCCUCUG